AGAGUUAGAGAGAGUGUUUUUCUCAUAUGUUCUGGACGUUGUCAUCCAAUUUAGGGAAGAGACCCUCAAAUGCUGCCCGUAUGUAUGCACACCCAUGUUUGUUUACUGUUUUCUCUCGAAAGAGAAAGAAACUGAGAGAAAGGCCAAAAGAAGAUUGUCUAUCCGGCCAUUGAGGAGUUGCCGGGAGAAAUCGAGGUGAAUACGGCAACGUUGCGCCCGCCUCUUCGACCCACCAAGUUCUGUAGGAAAAAGAACACAAAUGCCUUGGGGUUCCAUUACCUUACCUUUCCUCUCGUGUUCAAGUUUUAGUUGGGACUUGUUGGUCGCCGAAUGAAGACUAGUCGUCGGUGCGUGCGUGUGUUUCCUCGUGAAAUAUGACUGUGAAUCACGCCGUAUUUAAAACUAACCCACUCCAAAUUGUUAACUGUGUCUUAAGUGUAAACACGUGGUGAAUUUUGCAACAUCCAUACGGAAACUUGUUAAAUCACGUGAAUUCCAAUCUUGCCAAUUAUUUCGGCAUCGUUUAAUCGUGAAUCCAUCGGUAGAAAAAAGAAAUAUCCGGAAAAAAUUUAACGACAUCAACUGAUUUCAACGAUAUUAUUCGAUUCGGGUCAUGUCGAUCAGAUUCUACUAACGGAUAAGCAAUCGACAAGAAGCUUCACACGAAAUCUAAAUUAUUUCGAUUUUCAAAAGGAACAACGGAUUUUUUGAGGAAAUUGAACUUUUCUCUUCGACUAUUGACCUCGCAAUUUUUUUUAGUUGUCCUGGAGAUCCAGGCGUUAAAGAAAAAAAACAAUAUUCGUACGAGAAACACCAAACAGACAGGGGGUUCCAUCAACGAUGAUGUUGUGAUGGCCCGCGUGGAUCUAGCCGCCGGGCUCCUCUUCUUGUCGUCGUCGCUUGUUCUCGUCUCUGCCCAUCCACCACACGCCUCAGCCGGAACGGCAGGAUCAUUUAAACAAGGCCGAACGGAGUUUGAUCCAUGGCGCCGUCACGGGGAGCAGUUUGAUGACCAUGUCGAUCCAGUUCAAGACGAUUGGUCGGCCGGAUUCGGGCGGCGAUUGUCGGUCAUCCAGCGCAGACAAGGAUCGCUCUCGCAACAGACGCCCGACCAAUUGAGAGCGCAGUUAAGGGCCAGAGCGGAAGUGUCUAGCACGACCUCAACAACAACAACAACAACAGCAACACCAUCGACAACAGCAAUUCCCAGCGUUAACAAAGCGGAAGCCAGUGCUAGUAUCAUCCGGCUGAUUCGCAAACGGCUGCCUGAAAAUCGGUCGCCACCGACUUCCGACGCUAUCGGCAAAUUAGCCAACGGAACGCUCGUCAACGAAACUGUCCAGCCGGCGCUCGGCGAGGUCACUGAAGAAUCGUUCAUCUCGGCCGAGACGGCCAUCGUCGAACUGCGCGAAAUCGGAUCGGCCAACAUUCAUUUAACGCCUACGGCCAACGUGACGGAAGCUCCACCUACCCCAUCGACCAGGUCCACCAGCGUGGCCGCAACGUCGUCGUCGACUGCGGCCGCUUCACCAUCGACGACCACAACAACAGCAACGACGACGGCGACGGCGACGUUAUCUUCGUCGAAUAAACCGCCGUGGAGGGUGCGCAUGGAGCAGAAUCAGAGCAACCGUCGCGGCCAAUCGACCACGGCCAGGCCGGCCGUCGAGGCUGUCGCCUCUUGGUCGCCGCUUCCGCAGCCAUCGAUCAGCACGACGACGACGACGCUUCCGACGGUUCAGAAACAAGAGUUAUCACCGGAUGCGAGGAUAAAUUCAUCCAGCCGAGCGGAGGUUGUCGCGGUGCCGGCCGUUCCGGCCUUGCAAUCGAGCCAGAACGAGAACGCAGUGUCAUCGUCGGCUGUCCUUGCGGCGGUGAUUGCGACCGUCGUUACCAACAGCCGACCCAUCCAAUCCAGCCGCAUUACGGUGGCCAGCAGUCUCAGUCCUCCUCCUCCGCCGCCCGCCGUGCUUUGGACACCGAUCGUUCGGCUUCCCGUGACCGGAUCGAGGAACAUUCCGUCCGGAACGCUCAAGAUUCAAAUCACGUCGACUCGACUUCCGCCUUUGCCUGUCACCUCAUCGACUCCCAAUCCGAAGCUGAUGGAAUCUGAAGAAUUAGACGAUGGCGGAUCGCAAGAAGAGGAAGACAAUGUCGUGAAAACGGCCUCGUCCAGCAGCAGCACGACAUCCGGAAGGAUUUACACGACAUCUACAACGAAGAUGUCGACUACCACGACGACGACAACAACGACAACGGAAGCGCCUACGACCAUCAAAGCGUCGACUGUGACGACCCGCAAAGCUCUUCCGCCGACGCCAGUCAUGCACUCGCUGGAAGACAUCCUCCAGCGUCUAGUUCCGGCCAGAGAUCACGAUCAUUUCGGCAGCAAUCCGUUUCUGGCCGUGCCGGCCGCUCACCGUCCGACGCCCGUCGUGCCGCCAACGACGUCGGAAGAUGCCAACGAAAUCGUUUCCGCCGGCGAUCCGGUGCUGCGCGCCAGCGUGGGCAUAUCGAGGGCGGGCACGAUCAGCGACUUGUCACGCAGCGAUCGAAAUCAGUCGACUAGCGGAAGCAACAACUGGACGGCCGAUUCGAGUAAUAAAGAAAAUCAAGCGGCCACCACGUCCAUCUACGUCGUGGGCGUCGUGGCCGUCAUUCCCUUGGCCGGUUUAAUUUUGUGGAUCGUCCGCGUUCAGCUCCACAAGCGACGCGAGAGAUUGAACGAGUCGGAAACGUCAUCCGAAACGGGUUUCCGUAAGAGAUUGCCACCUGUGGCUUUGACUCCAUCUAAACACGCCCGUCUCUUUUACGGGGCCAACGAUAAAGAAGAUUUAGUGUCGGGCUCGGUGUCUGCCGGCGGCAACGGCGGACCGGCGGGAGGCAAAUCUGCUUCAUCUGCAUCGCCGUGGGAAUUCACACGAUCUCGGCUGCGGUUGCAGACGCUUAUAGGCGAAGGGAAUUUCGGCCAGGUGUGGAAGGCCGAAGCAGAGGACAUAUGCGGCUGUCAAGGGACUCUCCUUGUAGCUGUCAAGACGGUCAAGGACGGAGCGGCUGCCAAGGAGAAGCAAGAGUUACUGCGCGAAAUGAGGAUCAUGCAACAAGUCGGCCCUCAUCCUAACGUCGUAGCUCUUCUCGGAUGUUGCACCGAACAAGAGCCCUUCCUGCUCAUCAUGGAGUACGUCAUGUACGGCCGGUUGUUGACGUUUUUGAGGGACCACAGGAGCCACCAGACGUACUACAAUUACUCGACGGACAGCGAGGCCUUGACUUCGAGAGAUUUGACGACCUUCGCCUAUUGCGUCGCUAAAGGCAUGGAGUACAUCUACAGCAAAGGGGUGGUUCACCGGGAUCUAGCCGCCCGCAACGUACUGGUCGACCACAACAAAUUGUGCAAAGUAGCCGAUUUUGGUCUGUCGCGCUCCGUCAGAGACACGGCCGGAGAGAUGUACGAGCAAAGGGUCAAGGGCGCAUUACCCAUCCGUUGGAUGGCUCCCGAGUCGCUGAUCCAGAGCGUCUUUACCCAAAAAUCGGACGUCUGGAGUUUCGGCAUCCUGGUCUGGGAAAUAGUCACAUUAGGGUCUACGCCUUAUCCGGGCAUGGAAGCCCGCGAAGUGAUGCGUCGGGUCAAGGACGGACACCGACUGGAGCGGCCAAGCCACUGCCGGCCGGAAUUCUACCGACUAAUGUCGCGCUGUUGGCAUUCGGACCCGCAGAGACGGCCGGAUUUCGGGGAACUCAAAGCCGAGCUCGGCCAACUGUUGGACGACGCCGACGGUUACAUCGAUCUGGACAAUUUCCAAGAGUCCAUCUACGUGCCGCUAGAGUCGCCUAGCGACGAAAGCGAAAAAGUCUGAGUCAACAAACAUUACGCACAUUUGCAUUUUCACGUUUUUUUUUUUUCCUUCUGUGGUUUGCUCAUCAUCAUUUCAUUUCCGCCUCCCCUUUUAUUCAUUUUUCUUUUAAAAAGGGAGUUCACACAUUUUUGACUCGAUUUCCCCCAUCGUCCCACAGUUAAUUUCCUUUUAAAAAAAAAAAUAAUAAUAAUUUGAUCUAUUAACGAGCCGCGCGAAAUCCAAACUUGGCAGGCCGAUUGCAGCGCUUUUGUUGAAUAUUUAAACCUCUUCCCCCCCCCCUUUUUUUUAACAGUUUCUUUUAAUUAUUAAUACCCGUUUUUUUUUUUUUUUUCGUACCUUUGCAUUCCGCAAUUUGUUCGCGUCCUCCGCAAUGGUGGGAGAAAAAAAAAAACAUAAAAACAGGAAACAAAGAAAAACACAAAUUGGAAUAGCUCAAAGGAAACAAAAGUAGAAUGUGAAAUAGGUUUUUUUUUUCCCUCUCGAUUGUUACAUACCGGAUACCGCCAAAAUUUUUUUUUUUUUUUAAAGUGUGUUAAUCGGCUCAUUAAAAAGAAUUGUUAAAAAAAAAAAAAAUGGAUCGACCUAAAAGAGUGGCACACAAAGAGGACGACAAACAUUUGCUGGUAAUUUACAUGGAAUUUUGAAAAAAAAAAAAAAAAAAACGUUUAAUGUUUUUUUUUUUUUUUUUUCAAAUUUCCCACCAUGUAGCAAAGAAACAAUAAUUUCUUUUGUCGGUGUAUAAAAGAAAAUUAUUUUAUACUCCCGGCGGAAUUUUUUUUUUGUUGCCUACUAUUUUCCCAUUGCCACCCAUUAUCUGUAGGCCUAUUUUUUUGCUACUUGCUCUGUAUGUUGUACAUAAUAUAAUAUCGUAUAUCUCAUUUCUUUUCCUCUCUCUCUCUCUCUCUCUUUCUCUUACACAUUUUUUUUUAAAUUCUAAAGAAUGUUUGCCAUUUUUAUCAUUACACCAGGUCUCGUGAUUGAUUGCAUAAUUUUUUUUUCUUCGUUCGCUAGCCUACAGUACGAAAAAGACUACCCCAUGCCUUUUUAAACAUUUCCAUUUCAAACCGUAAACAAAAGAGAGAUUCAAGUUAAAUACAUCAGUUUUUUUUUCUCGUGUAA